UUGAGGAGAAAGAGACAGAAAGAGAGACAGCCUGCCUUUGCAGUGAAGAAACUAUCAGUCUUCGGAACUAAUAAUAAGAGACAUAAUGCUCCGAGAAUGAGGAGCCUCAGAAGCUGACGGACCCAUCACAAUCAAUGCGCGGCGGCGUGGCGGAAUAGAGACGGUGGUGGACUAAUGAUGGUGUUAGUCUGAACGAGUGAGGAAAUGACCUCGAAGGUGGAUCCACACGUUCGGCUAUUUCCUCUUGUUGAAUGGAAAGACCCUCGGCCUUGACCAUCUGAGGUUCCUUCUCUCCACCGCCUCCCCCCCGCUGUUGACCUUGGACUCUCUGUCUGUGCAGAGGCUCACGCUGCCCUCAGGAUGAGCUGUGUCAGGUGUUUCCGGGCACUCCGGAGCCACGUCUUUACCCCCUGGCCCGCUCCUCUCUGUAGACUGCCGGCCUCUGCAGCUUGGAGAGCCACUUCACUGCAGGAUUCUCCAGGGCUCCGACCAAGCUUCCACUCCGGCCCCCGCCUGGAGAAAGAGCCCUCAGUACCACUCCCUGAUGUGGAUGGGGCAGCUCGAAAGGAGGAGCACCCUGCCCCGCUCUCAGCUGCCGACGACGUCUUCUCCCGGGCGGCCUCCUCGGCCCAGUGGGACCAGGCCACCUUCGAGAGGGUGCUGUCCACCUACUGCCGACAGGAGGCCCGCCGGCGCGGCCACGUGGAGUUCAUCUACGCCGCCCUGCGCCGGAUGCCCGAGUUCGGAGUGGAGCGGGAGCUGACUGUCUACAACCGGCUCCUUGACGUUUUCCCCAAGGAGGUGUUUGUCCCGCGCAACUUCAUCCAGCGUAUGUUCAACCACUUCCCGCGGCAGCAGGAGUGCGCCGUGCAAGUGCUGGAGCAGAUGGAGAAUUAUGGGGUCCUGCCGGAUGUGAACACCAAGGUGCUGCUGGUGCAGAUCUUCGGCCACAAGAGCCAUCCGAUGCGCAAGUACCAGCGGAUGCUGUACUGGUUCCCUCGCUUCCGUCAUGCCAAUCCCUUCCCUGUGGCUGAACCCUUGCCACAGGACCCUGUUGAACUGGCCCGCCUCGCCCUUCUCCGCAUCGCCCCCGAUCUCGAUAGUGAGGUCACCGUCUACCAGCAUCCCCAGGAAGAGGAAGGACCAGAUGGACGGACAGUCUGCGUCCCACACCUCGUGGGUCUUCAGAGUCCGGAGCAGCGGGAACUCCUGGCACAGCAUGACCCCCACCGGCCCGUCUUUGUGGAGGGACCCUUCCCCCUUUGGCUCCGCCGCACCUGCCUCCACUACUACUUGCUGCGCUCUGACCCCCUGCCCCCUGAGCUCAAGGUGACCAAGCCAUUGGAUCUUGAACGAAACCUGUUCUACCCCAUGGAGUUGGACCUAGAACUGGAGCGGGAUCUUGGCGAGGAUGAUGAGCUGGAGGUUGAGGAAGUUGAGGAGGGUCCAGUGUUCGCGCUGUGCCAGGCUGGAUCAGGUGACCCAGCUUUGCUAACCCGCUGGAUCAGCGGUCUACAGGAGACCAACCCGAAGCUAGGCCUCACGCCGGUCCUCUUCCGCACUGCACCUGCCUCCCGCCAGGUAGAGCCUGCUUCAGGCUUCUCAGAUCGGACGGCUGGGAAGGGGGACGAGAAAGUGUCAGAGCCGGGUGCCUGGAGAGGGCCGGAUGGUCCGGGCGGCCCAGAGCCGAUGGCUGAGGAGCAGGAGGAAGCGGAGGAGCCAGGUGCCCGAAGAAUGCACCGCUGAGUCAUGGCCUCUCAGAGUCAGCAGCGUUAUCUGGACAUCUUGGAGCUGGCAGUUGAGGGGGAGCAGCAGGAUCCUGGAUCCAGGAGAACGCAGCACUGUUCAGGAGACGUGGAGCCAGUGGCAGGGGAGGGUAGGAGGAGCUGGGUGGCUGGGAAAUGCACAGCUGACUCUGGGCUUGGGGGUGGGGAAGGUCUAAAGCCUCCCACAUCCCAUCACUCCCACUCCAAAUUUCCAGGGUCUGGGAAUAUCAGGAACAUAGGAAGUAAGCUGGGAAGGAGAGGGUGGGAUCAUCUUGCAGGAAACCUGGAGCCAGUGGCUGAGGAGGGGGGAGGGGGAGGCAGAAGAGGAGGAGCUUGGUGGCCGGGAAAUACACAGCUGACUCUGGGUCUGGGAAUAUCAGGAACAUAGGAAGUAAGCUGGGAAGGAGAGGGUGGGAUCAUCUUGAAGGGUGGGAGGUUUAGUCCUGUGACAUCCCCUCUUCUGUUCCUUCAUUCCAAAAUACCCUCCCUACCUCCUCUGUUCCCUCUUCUCUGUCUGCUUCCUUCCCUCCCCACUAUCUUAUUCCCUGUUUCUUCCCUCCCUCUGACUACCUCUUUUCUCUGAACCCCUACCUCCUCUGAACCCUUCCUUUCUCUAGCCUAUGCUCCCUAAAAUCUGUCCCUUUCCCUCCCUCAUCUCUGACUCCCUCUACCUGCACCUCUUUUUUUACUCUCACUUAUGGACUUUCUUCCCCUCCCUCUCAUCUACCUCCUCUUUCCCAUCUCUCAUUCUGUACCCCCUCACCUUGCCCUCUUGCUCCCCAUUUCCCUCCCUCCUGCCCUCCCCUGUGGCACCAUCCCUCCUUCCUACUUAGUGAAUGACACUGUGUAUAUACCAAGGUUUGAAUAAACGUGUGACUAAACCUG